UUUAAUUUUAUAAUGGCAAAUUUGUAUAAAAGAUACAUGAGAUUAUUGAAUAGCUGGCCUCUUGAUAAUAAUAAAUCGCCGGACCUUGGUCAAUUUAUUCGUGAACAAGUGAAGGCUGCAUUUCCCAAAGGAGAGAAAAGUGUGAUAAAGGAUGAAAAAGAGUGUUUGAAGCAACUAGAGAGUCUGGAAAGAUUAGCGUCAAAUUAUUAUGGAAAAAAGUAUCCAGUCAACUUGACCAACACGUCCACUGGUUUAAAGCUAGAAGUGCUAAGUGCUGCAUUAACGCCGGAAAUGCAGAAAUUGUUUCAAGAGCAAAAGAAAGGGUUUGUUGCUAAGCUUAAGAAUACAAUAUCGAAAUAUUUUUCAAAAACUCCCGAAGAGGUUUCUUCGAAGCAACAGAGUAGAGUAAAUUAGUUAUUUAUUAAGACUAAAGACUCAUGAUCCAUUAUAGAAGCAGUAGUUAACUUGAUCAAGUUGUAUUAUUAGCUAAUUGGUAUAAAAAAUGCAUUGCUUUAAAGUGUUUAGAUACUAUGCUGUGCCUAGAAGGUUGUAUAGCACUCACAGUGUUGGUCUAGCUGUUGAUUUCAAACAGUUUGAAGAUAUGUCUCAUGCACCAGUCAUGGUAAAUGAAACAAUCAAGUAUUUGAAUCUAUCACCAGGAAAUACAAUCAUUGAUAUGACAUUUGGUGCUGGAGGUCAUUCAAAAUUUAUUUUAGAAUCUGUCCCAAAUGUCAAGAUUUUUGCUCUCGACAGAGAUUCAGUUGCUAUGAAUUUUGCUGAAGAUUUGGGUAAGAAGUACCCAGGUCAAAUAAUACCGUUGCUAGGUAAAUUUUCUGAAUUGCCAGUUUUGUUGAAAAAGCAUAAAGUCCAACAAAAUAGUAUAGAUGGGAUUCUUUGUGACUUUGGAUGCUCAUCCAUGCAGUUCAACACACCAGAAAGAGGUUUCAUGAUAUCAAAGGAUGGUCCAUUGGACAUGAGAAUGGAUGGAAACAGGUGUCCAGAGCAACCAACAGCUGCAGAUGUUCUUGAGAGAACCACACAUAGAGAUUUGUAUAAUAUCAUCAAGUACUAUGGAGAGGAGAAAAGAGCAAGAAAAAUUGCCAGAGCUAUAAUUGAUACAAGAUAUCUUUUUAGAAGUUUAAAAACAACUCAUGAGCUGGCCAAGUUCAUAGAGUCUCUGUUCCCAGGUGAUGCUGGAGUCGACCAAUUGGGUAGAUUUCAGCAUUGCGCUACAAAAACUUUUCAAGCUCUAAGAAUAUUUGUAAAUAACGAAUUAAAUGAGAUCAAUCAGGGCGUCGUAUUAGCAAAUAAACUGUUGAAAAUCGACGGCCGUUUGAUUACAAUAUCUUUUCAUUCUUUGGAAGAUACCAUUGUUAAGAGACAUCUCUCUGGAAAUGUGACGGACAGUAUGGCCAAUGAGUUACCUCUGAGAUACCGGAACUACGGAAAAGUUUGGGAAUGCAAGGAAGACAUUAUGGAACUCACACAGUCAAAUUGGAAGAUGCUGCAUAAACACGUUUUAACUCCCACGGACGAAGAAGUGAGCAUGAAUCCAAGAGCCAGAUCGGCAAAAUUCCGAGCAUUGGUAAAAGUCAAAUAAUUGAGUGUCUUCGC